AACCACCACGAGCUCAUAUAUGCUCAGCUUUGACCUCUCGUAGUCACACAGAACUUCCAUUUAAUUACUGCAGGUUUCAGUUCAUCUUUCUUGUGAAGUUGGUUGAAAGGCUAGAGGAGAAGAGAGAAAUGGCACAAGGGGAAGGGGGGAAGAAGAAGGUGAUGGUGGCUAUUGACGAUAGCGAGUUCAGCCACUACGCCCUCGAGUGGACUUUGGAGAAUCUUCUCGACAGCAUCUCUUCGUCGCCGCUCGUUGUCUUUACUGUUCAGUCUCUCGCCGAUCUUAGCUACAUCUCUGCCGCUUCUUUCGGUGCUGUUCAUCCAGAGUUGAUUAAAUCUCUCCAAGACCAUCAAGAGAAGCUUUCAGCGGCACUCUUGGAAAAAGCUAAGGAAAUCUGUGCUGCUCGUGGGGUAACUGCAGAGACAAUUUCAGAGAUAGGGGAUCCUAAAGAGGCAAUAUGUGAAGCAGUUGAAAAGUUCAACAUCAGUCUUCUUGUCCUGGGUAGCCAUGGACGUGGAGUAAUAAAGAGGGCUGUCCUAGGAAGCGUGAGCAGUUACUGUGUCCACUCUGCAAAGUGCUCAGUUCUUGUCGUGAAGAAACCCACGUGAGAAUUAACCAUCCAUAUCAAGUUGAAAAUUUGUGUGUUUAUCCAUAAUUCCAUAUGAUCUAUCGUAUGGCUAUGAUUACAAGUUAUGGAAAAAAUAAAGAUGGUUCAUUUGAUUUUCGGUGUCGAUACUUGUUUUGUUUUGUUUUUUUUGUUCUAUGCUCUUUGUGAAGAAGCAAAUACACUGGAUUUCGAUACAACCUGAUCUUCUGAUUGCUUUGAAA